CCGUACUGCAAGUCCUUGGAAAUUGCCCGUCUUCCAUUAUGAUCCUAUAAUACUUGGAUUUCUCUCUCGUUUCAACCUCCUCAGGGUAUUGGUCAUCAUCCAUAAUGAAAUGCUACGGUUCGACUCAUUUCCACUUGUGAUUACAAAGUUAUUUCAUUUGAGAUAUCUCCAUGUUGAACGUUUAAGCAUGAAUAUUCCUGAAUCAAUCUCAGAGCUUCUGAAUUUGCAAACUCUUAUUUCUAGCUGCAGUCCUUUAUUCAGAAUGACAUUACCUAAGAAGAUAUGGUUGAUGAAGAACUUGAAGUACAUAUCUUUAGGGAGAAACACUUACUUACCAAGUCCUAGAAUAAAUAAGAAUCUUGUGACAGUGAUGCCAAAUCUAGAGAAAUUUUUCGGUCUUUGUUACUCAAGUUGUACAAAUGAAGUCUUUUCUAGCAUUCCCAAUCUAAAGAUAUUGACCAUUCAUGUACCUUUGACAUUUAAAGAAGAAAUUAUUCCCUAUCGUUUCUUGGAUAUGUCGAGCUUGAUAAAACUUGAGGCAUUCAAGCUUUUCUGGGACAAGAAUUGGGAAAACCCCAUCAAGACAUUUGUUUUUCCAACAUCACUUAGGAGGUUGACUUUAACUUUUUGUAGUAAGUUCAUUUGGGAAGAGAUAUCAUCAACUUUUAUCAUGUUGCCAAAUCUUGAAAAGCUCAAACUUAAAUAUUGUGGAGCCGAUGAUGAUGCAUGGAUAAUGAGCGAUAAAGACAUAUUCAAAAGCUUGAAGUUGUUGUUACUGAGCCAUCUAAAUCUUAAGCGUUGGGAAGCUAGCAGUGAUAACUUCCCUAAUCUAAAACGCCUUGUUCUGAAGAAAUGUCCGGACCUGCAAGAAAUACCAACAGAUUUUGGGGAAAUUUGUACUUUGGAAUCGAUUGAGUUACAUGAUUGCAGUGCUACUUCUGAGGUUUCUGCUAGAAAUAUCGAACAAGAACAAGAGGACAUGGAAAAUAAUAUCCUUAAGGUCUACAUUCAUAACAGCCACAGGAAUAGAAGCUUCUUUUGAGGGAUCAUCUAACGCUAUCUUCCGAAUUCAGAACCUUGCUGUUCAUAUUUUGUUUUUAUAUUCUGAUUGUUUGUUAAAUUCAUGUUUUAGGAAUAAUAAAUACGUUAAUACAUGUUUCAGCCAAUUGUGUUUUUGUAUUUUGUAAAUGGAAACUAUUGAUGUACUGUAAUAUCUAUGCAAUACAAGAACCACUGGUUUCACAUUUUGGAUCUAUUUUCUCUGUUCAUUUAUAACAUGUUUUCAUUCAUGGGUGGUGCUUUAUGUGAAUUGAGAUACUGGAUAUCAAUUGUCUUUCUCAAGAAUGGCAGUAACAGUAAGUAAUCUAGCUUCUGAUUUGAAUGAACGUCAGAGGGUAGAAGUAGACAAUGAAUGAAUUUCUUUUACUUUUUAUGAAAUUCGACUUCUUUUUAAUAGUGUACAAUUGAUGUUAAGAAAUAUCAUGCGCUUUCAACCAAGUUUGUCGUUGGUUAUGAAUUCUUUCUCAACCUCCAUCGAAGCAGAUAUCUAGAAACGUACGAACUGGUGUAAAGCUAAGCAUCUCCAGAGUGAAAGAUAUCACGGACAAGUUAAUUUGUUUCCAUAACAAACUAAGAUCAUGAUUAGUUAACUUUGAUGAAAUGAAAUUGAACAAGAACAUACUAUAUUAAUUGCACUGAUUGAAUAAGAAGACCUUAGUGGCUCGCUUGUUAGGCGGCUCAUCAGUGCCUAAAUCAUCCCGCAAGUUGGUAACUGUUUGUAGUUGAGACGAGAUGAGCUGUGAUCUUUUUUGUCUUUAUUACAUUCAAGCUAAGAUGCUGUUGGCUAGUUUCCCAUUUAACUGAUCGUCGUUGACAUGCUUUUUUCAAUACCUCUUGAAAAUAGGUCAAUACAAGUUCAAGAAGGAACGGUAUCCUAGAAGCAGUCGAUUAUUUAUGGUAAUCAAGUUAUAGUAUCUAGAUACCUCUUGUUGAUUGUUUAUUGAAUUGUCUGCUCUGUUUGAACUUUUCUCCAUAAAGUCAUAUGCAGAACAUGUUGGAUCCUUUUUUAUGUUUUUUCACACAAGAGGAACAAGGCGAGUUGUCUGCUCUUGACGUCAAAACGUAUCCUGAAAGAAUUUCCACUGAUCAAGGUCUUGGAAAUUGAAUCCCUCAAAUUUUCCUUCUCCAAGCACUUAAACCAUCUAUUUCAUUUGACAUAUAUCUCUAUCUCAGGAUUGAAAUGACUGACCUCGAGUGUUAAGAGGCUUCAAAAUUUCACUUUGCAAAUCUCAGGAACUUUUUUCUUCUCCACUGUGAUAUGCUUAAGAAUGUGCUAGAUGAGCUGCAUAUUAUAUUGGACAGCAGGACAUUGCGGAAUUGAAAACAAGCAAUCUAAGUCAGCUUUGGAUUUUACUUAGACAUCCGGUCCAUGGUCAAUCCUAACACUGUAAAUAUAUGUUCUACACGUUUUUGAGGGGAGAUUCAGACCUUGGGGUAUACAAUGUGCGAAGAAGGAUAAGAACAUCAUCGUGAUAUCAGAAAUGUUCAUCAAGUUAUCAAUAGCUCGAGCGUUGAGCAUUAGGCGUGAUUGAAGCCCGUAGUAGGUGAGUCAAGAAAAAUACC